ACACCCAUCUCAUAUAUCCAUCAAGAAAAAAGGAGCAAGGUUUUGUCAAGAACCAAAACAAGAAAAAGAGUUUCAAUCUUGAUUCAACAACCGUCUCAUAAAUCAAGAUUUCACCAAGGCAAAUCAUAUAAUUCAUCAUGGAUCUAUCCUUAGCUCCAACAAGCUCCGACCAAGAACAAGACAGAGACCAAGAGUUAACCUCCAACAUCGGAGCAAGCAGCAGCUCCGGCCCCAGCGGAAACAACAACAACCUUCCGAUGAUGAUGAUUCCACCUCCGGAGAAAGAACACAUGUUCGACAAAGUGGUAACACCAAGCGACGUCGGAAAACUCAACAGACUUGUGAUCCCUAAACAACACGCUGAGAGGUAUUUCCCACUAGACUCCUCAAACAACCAAAACGGCACGCUGUUGAACUUCCAAGACAGAAACGGCAAGAUGUGGAGAUUCCGUUACUCGUAUUGGAACUCUAGCCAGAGUUACGUGAUGACCAAAGGAUGGAGCCGUUUCGUCAAAGAGAAAAAGCUCGACGCAGGAGACAUUGUCUCUUUCCAACGAGGCAUCGGAGAUGAGUCCGAAAGAUCCAAACUUUACAUAGAUUGGAGGCAUAGACCCGACAUGAGCCUCGUACAGGCACAUCAGUUUGGUAAUUUCGGUUUCAAUUUCAAUUUCCCGACAACUUCUCAAUAUUCCAACAGAUUUCAUCCAUUGCCGGAAUACAACUCCCUCCCGAUUCACCGGAGCUUGAACAUCGGAAACCACCAACGUUCGUAUAUUAACAACCAGCGUCAAGAGUUCGUAGGGUAUGGUUAUGGAAAUUUAGCUGGAAGGUGUUACUACACGGGAUCACCGUUGGAUCAGAGGAACAUUGUUGGAUCAGAGCCGUUGGUUAUAGACUCAGUCCCUGUGGUUCCCGGGAGAUUAACUCCGGUGAUAUUACCGCCGCUUCCUCCGCCUCCUUCAACGGCGGGAAAGAGACUCAGGCUCUUUGGGGUGAAUAUGGAAUGUGGUAUUGACUAUAAUCAACAAGAAGAGUCAUGGUUGGUGCCACGUGGCGAAAUGGGUGCAUCUUCUUCUUCUUCAGCUCUACGACUAAACAUAUCAACUGAUCAUGAUGAUGAUACUGAUGAUGGUGAUGAUGAUCAAUUUGCUAAGAAAGGGAAGUCUUCACUUUCUCUCAAUUUCAAUCCAUGAGAAGUUUCAUCAUCUUCUUUUUGAAUCCUCUCUUUAUUUUAUUUCAUUAGUAAUUUUUUCAAGGUUCAUUAAUUUCUCAUUUUUACUAAUUCUAGAUUCUUGUUUUUGUUAUUAACCUUUGGUCAAUAGCUUUGUUUGAUUUGGAUUGCAAGUUGAACUGAUUUUUACCAAAUCAGGUAUCUCUGUAGAUCUCAUAAACUCAUGAGUUCUUU